GGCAAAUCCAGCAUCCAGCAUCUCGACUUUGCCCGGUUGCUCGUCUGCCUGCUCAUCGUUUCCUCUUAGGAGCGUUCACUUAUCACUACCUCACAUCCUAGCGACGUGUUUGGCGGCAGGUGCGCAUGCGGAUGAGAUGACCUGCUCGCGGCUUCUCAUCACUGCGCGCUUUCCGACUUCCACCUAGUCAACCGCCGUUGCGGUUUUGCUCUGGAUCGUCACCCAGAUACCUUCAAACGCUUGCGCCGUCCCGCAGAGACCUGUUGCGACCUCACCUUAGCCGCUCCUUACGCUGCCGGAGUCGUGGCUAGCUUGCAGCAUGGCCGCUGGACGUUCUCUCAAAUCGCUUGUGAGUCGGCGGAGACGCGGGGACGAAGAGGGCGAGGACGAUGAGGGGCCAGUCAUGGUGGAGGACUCGCAAAGCGAGGGCUCGGUGUUGACCGACCUGGACGACGACGAGGCGGACGCGAGCAGCAUGGCGCAAUCGAGCGCGGUGGAGGGAGGGGCGGACCCGGCGCAAGGCGAGGUUGUCAAGGCAGCAGCGGAGAAAAAGGCAAGGAAGCGGCCUGCAAAGAAACAGAGCAAAGAGACGGGCUCUGCUGUGGACGAUUCGCAGCCUCAAGCACAGCCUGCGUUCAAGCCGGCAGCAGAUACGGAAGCAAUGCUGAACGGGCCGGAAGUUGGUGGUCAGACUGGUCAAGAGGUCGUGGACUUUGAGAGCGCUGGUCGCAACGGAAAUGUCAGUACGGACAACGCGGUUUCGACGCCAGUCAUUGUAUCCACGGACAGGAGAACAGAUUCGCCAGCUAAUCGGCAAAGAAGAGAGCAUGAGGAGUACAAGAAAAGACGUGACGCGGACCCAUCAUUCAUACCGAAUCGCGGCAACUUCUUCAUGCACGACACGAGAGCCAGUUUUGGGCAAAGCAACCUGCCAUUUCGAGGGGCGUGGGCAGGUAGAGGCCGUGGAAGAGGCUCAAGCAACGCACCAGGACCUUUUCCGCCAGCCAACAACGCAAUCCAGCAAGAGAAGGUGGCCGAAGGCCCAUGGAAGCACGAUCUGCACGAUACUAUCAACGAAGAGCCAAACAUGACGAAGCAAAGCGAAAUCUCGAGUGAUCAAGCAGAGUCCGCGCGCAUUUUCCCGAAAGCUGGCACAUAUCAAAGCAGCCACAAAGGGCCACAUGCCAAAAUCUCGUUCUCAAGCACUACCUUGGUUGGCAAAGUUCAGAUUCGUGUGUACCUCCCAAAUAUGAAAGCCCCAAUCACCUUUUCCGAGGUGCCAUGGAAGCAUUAUACACGCCUACCGGAUCAUCGACCACCACUUCGCCGUGAUAAACCCGUGCGCAUCUCGAUACCGGAGCACGUGCAGCGCUACAUCUUCCCAUCAUCGGAGCGGUCGUUCAUUUUCAUACCACGUCAAAUGAGACCGAACCAACGUGGCUAUGGUGGGGACAGAUACCAGCGCAGUAUUGGUGGCGUUGGCUACUCCAGCAGGAGGACCAGCAUGUACGGUGGAAGCGUCUAUGCUGGUAGUAUUGCCCCCAGUCGACGGUCUUCCUUUGCCAGUGUUGCGCGAGAGAAUGCUUUCUCUCCUGUGGGCUCGUAUGUGGGCAUGCCACCGACUCGACCGGUGGUCAGACUUCCCCAUGGCUCGCAGUCACACUUCUCGGCUGCAAGCACGCCAAUGGGUCCUCUUUCCGGUCACCACACCCCUACUGGCGUCCACAUGCAUACGUUUCCUCCGCCAGCUCAGCCACAAUUCCAAGGAACUCCUACGACGACGGUGCACCAACCUAGACCACAAAAGGCCAUUUCAGUCACUGGAAUCGAAUCGCCUGCCAUGCUCUCACAAGCUAAUGGCCCAUCAGAGCAGCAGCCUUUUGCCAAUCAGCUGCCUGCGCACAUGCAUGAGCCGCCGCCAUUGCCCCCGCCCUACUUUUCGCCGCGACAGCAAUUCUCCUAUCCGCCGCAGCACUCGCGCACUCCACUUUCUGGCAUUCCGGAACAAGCUAUGCAUGCUCCUCCUUUUCAACCCAUGAUGCCCUAUGCGCCGGCACCGUACUAUGCACCAUAUCCUCCUCAACAACAAGGCUAUUACUACCCACCUGGGCCCAAUGGAUUCAACUCUAUGCCAAUGUACAUGCCGCCGCAACAAAAUUACGCGAUGUCGCCUCCUUCGGCCCCACCGCAUCCGCCCGAGCAAUCCACACCUCAGCAGCAACCCGCGCAGCUACCGGCGAGCGAACAACAAUCAUCUGGAAUGGUGGCUCACGAGAGCAAUGGUAUGGUAUUCUAUAUGCCAGCGUCUGAGGCACCUAGCCAAACUCAAGGCGAGAGCUACCAACCUGCGGAAAGCUUUGUCCCAUCGUACGCAAUGCCGGGCCUGCCACCUCCUACUCCUGCGCCCGAGUCGACAUAUUACUACCCUCCUCAAAUGCCUAUGCCGAACUACUAUCCACCUCAAGCUCAGCAAUAGUGAGGCGACUUGCGUAGGAAAGACUGUUCACAGCGAUGGAUCGGCUGCAGCCUUGAUGACCUCCUGAUUGAGAACACUCUGUUUUGGUCCCUUUUCUUAUUGAUAUUCUGUGUUUUGUCGGCCUAUCAGGCGCUGUUUGGGAAACUAGCAAGCAUGGCGUUUUGUGUGUCGGUAUGGCCGGCGUUGAAAUAAGGAAAACGAUGGAUGGUUUUUUGGUAGUCUAGUUGGAGAUAUCAAGCUCUUGUCUGCGAAAUGGAAAGCUUUUCAUGUUUUAUUUCGCUGCGAUUGUCGAUCGGAAGGAUACAUGAGUGACUGCUAUGAAUGUAGCGUGGACGGAACUGUGGUGCGGAAAUGAGAG